AUGAGCUGGGGGCUGCUCCUCUGGUUGCUGGCGCUGUGCGCGCUGCUGGCGCUAGUGGUGCAGCUGCUGCGCUUCGUGCGGGCCGACGCGGACCUGACCCUGCUGUGGGCCGAGUGGCAGGGGCGACGCCCAGAAUGGGAGCUGACUGAUAUGGUGGUGUGGGUGACUGGAGCAUCCAGUGGGAUUGGAGAGGAACUGGCUUACCAGCUGUCCAAACUAGGAGUUUCUCUCGUGCUGUCAGCCAGAAGAGUACAUGAAUUGGAAAGGGUGAAAAGAAAGUGCCUUGAGAAUGGUAAUUUGAAAGAAAAAGAUAUACUCAUUUUGCCCCUUGACCUGACUAACAGAAGUUCCCAUGAAAUGGCUACCAAAGCAGUUCUCCAGGAGUUUGGCAGAAUCGACAUUCUGGUCAACAAUGGUGGAGUAUCCCAGCGUGCUUUGUGUGUGGACACCAGCCUGGAUGUCUUCAAGGAGCUAAUAGAGCUUAACUACUUAGGGACGGUGUCCUUGACAAAGUGUGUUCUGCCUCACAUGAUUGAGAGGAAGCAAGGAAAAAUUGUUACUGUGAAUAGCAUUGUGGGAAUUAUAGCUGCACCCCUUUCUACUGGAUACUGUGCCAGCAAACAUGCUCUUCGCGGAUUUUUUAAUACCCUCCGAUCUGAACUUAUCACCUACCCAGGUAUAACAAUUUCUAACAUUUGCCCGGGACCUGUGCAAUCAAAUAUUGUGAAAAAUGCCCUAACUGAAGAAGUCACAAAGACUACAGGCAGCACUGCAGAUGAGUCCUACAAGAUGGCAACCAGUCGUUGUGUGCGGCUGAUGUUAGUCACCAUGGCCAAUGAUUUGAAGGAAGUUUGGAUUGCUGAUCACCCUUUUUUGCUAAUGUUCUAUUUGUGGCAAUAUAUGCCAACCUUGGCCUGGUGGUUAACCAACAAAGCAGCAAAGAGAAGGAUUGAGAACUUCAAGAGUGGUGUGGAUGCAGAUUCCUCUUAUUUUAGAAGUGUGAAAAAAAAACAUGACUGA